GUGAUCACUGAUGAAUAAAGUAAUUUGUUAUUUUGAAUAAAUUUUCUUCGUCAUCGGCCGGCACAAUCAAUACAUCGCUUAAGUAUGUAAUCAGGCUUAUGUAUGUAAGUGAUAGUUUGAAAUCUCAAAAUAUACGGCGAAUUUCAUGCAAUUUAAAUUAUUUUAUGCAGUAUUCACUAUUAAUAAUUAAUACAUCAAACUUCCCUCAUUUUUAACACAUUUUUUCGUUCAUUAAGGUCACCGAAAAUGAAAAAAGAAAUCAUUCUGAUUGGAUUUUUUCUUUUGUUGACUGCCACAUUAGGUACUGAUAAUGAUAAACUUGUAAAAUUCACAUUUCACCAGGGGCGUACGAGGCACACCCCCCCCCAAAAAAAAAAGGGCCCAAAGGUGCCGUUUUUGCUUCCCGUAUGUAUGCGCACUUACAGAUGCCCAAACCUUUUUGUAGAGCAUAAAUAUAAACCAGACUAGUGGCGUCCUUGCACUCAAACCGUCCCUAUAUAUACAUAGUUUUGCUAACACUGGAAGCUGGUGCCCUCCAAUCUCUGGAUGCUUCCGACGCUGCUGCAUUUCACAUUGUUAAAAGUACUGGAAGUUAUUUCCACUGGAAUUUAUACUUCUGGGGCUGGUUGGGCCUGGAUAACCUUUUUCAAGCGUUUAAAAAAUGCUUGAAAGAAUAAGAGUACAGAUUUUAGAGCUAAAAAUUAUUGAAGAGAAUCCCCAAGUUAGGAAUAGUAAGGUUUAUUUCAGGUUAUACGGAACAGCGGCCAAGUUUGAAAAAAACUCACAAUCCCGUGGACAGUUUUAUACAGCUAGCUUUCUUAUCCAACCAGCCCCAGUUUACAAAUAUUUUUCCGCUAUUAAAGAGGGCGUGAUCUUGUUUUCCCAUCACGUGAAAAAAGGCGAAACAAUCACACUUGAUAGUGGUGUUCGACUCGAUGGAAUGCCGCGUGUGGAUCGUUUGACGUGGAUCUUUAACGGAACUGUUGUCGCAAUGAUGGAGCGUGUCCAUAGAGCAUUCUGGAGGGUUUUGGUGCAAGAUAAGAUGAAGUAUGCUUUGACAAAAAAUAGGGGCUUAAUUAUCAAGAACGUGGACAAAAACGAUGAAGGAGAAUACGUAGCAAGUUCUCUGGAUGUUAAUUUCAUUACUCAUAGUGUUCAUUUGCUUGAACCGGAGUACAAAGUGGACGUCUCCGGUAUCAAGUUCAGGUGUGAAGAGGACGGACUAAAAAUAAAGUGCGACUUUAACUUCUCUGUUCACCCUGGCCGCAAAAUGUUGGCGAAAAUUUGUCGAAUAAGCACAAAACAAGACCAGAGCGAAAGAAGUAAGAAUUGUGACUACGAUGCUGUCGACAGCAAACUGUUUGUUAAUGAUGAAGUCGAAGCGUAUCAGUUUAGCGUAGAGUUCAACGAUACAGCAAACCGCACCAUCAAGGCCACCUCUAAAAUAUUCCUUCAGUAUUCCGACUUAUUGGAUCCUCACAAUCUGUACAAUUACAAUCCUCAAAUGUUGCUGCUAAAAACUAAAGCGGCCACCAGGACUCAAAAUCCUGAAUUGAAGUUCGGUCAGCAACCGGCCAAUGGGGAAACCACAGAAGGUCCAAAAAAUCAAGAUGCAUCAACGAUCGGUCCGGUAACGCAACCGCAAACAAGUGUUUCCAAUACAAAAGAGCAAGUGACCACCACUACUACCACGAAUGCAACAUAUCCAACGGCAACGACACCAGUAAGCUGUUGUACAAAAAGCCAAUCCACAACCAGUGGCCCAAAUAAAGUUCUUCUUACCAUCCCGAAAGGUCCCUUGGGAACAAUAAAGCCAACAGAAGAUGAUUAUUUCGAAAUCAUUUCACUGUCAGUUUUUUUUUGGUGUAUGCUUACAUUGGCAUUUUGUUUGGGAGCAAUAGUAGCCACUGUUGUCAUUUGCAGCUGGUAUCAUUGCUGCAAGAGUAAGAAACGAUCCCGCGAAUACGAACCGCCGAACAACAAUGUCAGUGAUCAUGAAUUAAGCGAGCUAACAGUGGCGUAGCCAUCCUGGCUGACAAUUUAGUCAUGCUAUGCAAGUUUUAAGUCAUUAUUGUUAUUCGUUUCUUUUGAAAUUCGCAGUCGAUGGGCACCGAGUAAAACAGCAUUCAAAACUUAGUAAAAUCGAAAGGUUCAUUGAUGAAAUUUAGAAAAGAGUGAAAAAUAUCGGCGUGCAAAAAACAAAUCGUACUCUGUUCGUAGCGCUUUAUCGCAAACGUUUAGGGCAUAAUUUUCAAUGUAGAUAUGAUCAGUUUCUUGUAAAAAUACAGUCCUGCCAGACUUUUACCAUUAUUUUGUAUCUUUGGCAAUAUCUUUUAAUUAUUCAGGGCUGUUUAGUUUACAUGUAAAAGACCUCCUUUCCGCCUGCCUUGUUUUAUUCAGUCGUUUGAGGAAACGCCCCCUUUAACGCAUUCUUUUAGAGUUCACGCCCUUAUUUACAAUGGCGAACAUAUGCAAAGUUAAUGCCUGUGCCAAAC